AUGAUGCAGUACAACGCAAUCAAACUCGCUCCGUUUAUCCUCCGUAUUACCGUGUUUCUCUGCUGUACCAUGAGUCUUACGGCGGGCCGUAUCGUGCACCGGAUCAGUGACUUCAAUGCACCGAUGGCAGAACCGGUACGCCAGUGUCGUGCCAUCUGCCUUGCGAUGCAUCUGCAGGACGAGAUCAACAACAUCAUCGUGACAGACGAGUGUACCGAUCGGCCGAAUUGUUUCAUGUGCUGGGACUACUGCAAGAUCCUCCACGAGGAAAAACGUAUCGUGAGGAACCUGAUGUGCAGCGAUGUGAUUUGCUACUCGGGAUGUAAAACGGCCUGCAAAUACUACGGCGACUUCUAUCGGGAUCUAAAGCUCACGUCCCUCGACAGUUUGCUGCCGGCGGUGGGAGCAAGCAAAGAACCAAGCCGUUAGCAAGAACCUCAGCUAGGUCUUGGCUGUUUAGUAUUGUUUUUUUU